CCCGAGGCCGCCGCACCACGCCACCGUGUCGCGCGCCGCCACCUCCCUUCCCCCCUCCUUAAACUAGGCGUCGCAUACGCCGCGCCGCACCUCACCGAUCACUCACUCCAUCGCUAGCUGCUGCCACGCACGCUCGCUCAGCUCGCACACCGGCACAGCACAAGGCCGCGCAAUGCAGGGCCUCCUGGCCGUCGCCCUCGCCGUCGCCUGCGCGGCGGCGGCCUCCGCGCCUUCCUCCUACGCGCAAGGCGCCGGGGCGGCGGCGGGCUCCGGCGUGCCGUCGUGCGCGGCGAAGCUGGUGCCGUGCGCGGCGUACCUCAACUCCACGUCCGCGCCGCCGGCGGCCUGCUGCUCCCCGCUCAAGGAGGCCGCGGCCAACGAGGCGGCGUGCGUGUGCGCCAUGCUCCUCAACAAGGCCGCACUGCAGGCGUUCGGCGUCGCGCUCGAGCAGGGGAUCGGCCUCGCCAAGCGCUGCGGCGUCACCACCGACGCCUCCGCCUGCGCCAAGUCCACCACCACCGCCACCGCCGGUGCAGCAGGUACAGCCACUGGCAGCGGCACUGCAUCUUCUUCAGCUUCCACCGGCGGCGGUUCUGCUUCUACAGUGACCAAACCAACAGCCAACGGAGGAGGCGUGAGGCAUCGCCUAAGCUUGACCGGCGCAUCGGCCUUGGUAGGCUUCAGUUUCAUCUGGUGGGCGAUGAUGGCGUAAUAGGAGUUCAGUUACCAAGCUGCUUCACAUUUGCCUGGACAUUAUCUAGCAUGGUAUCAGCAGAGUUUUUUUGGUGGAUUCGGACUCGCCUAAUGUUCCACUCUGUGUGCCUAUCAUCUGGUUACAAUUGCAACUUCGUUUUGGAUACUCUACCCCAGUAGGAUUCCAGUUGUUUUGUGCAAAACAUGAGAAUUUUAAGGAGAAUGGAAACAACGAAAACCAAGUUUCAGCUUCUGCAA